UCUACCAUUAUCUUCAUCAUGACUUUUGAGGAGGUUCUGAUCCAGAAGCCCACCGAACGGGCUCAGAGCUCCGGCACAGCCAUGGAGGAGGUGUUGGUUUCCGCUAAAGACAACGACUGCCUGACCGUGGGUGUCUACGAGUGCGCAAAAGUUAUGAAUCUCGACCCGGACAGCGUGUCUUUCUGCGUCCUGGCCAUGGAUGAGGAGUUCGAGUGCGACAUCGCUCUCCAGAUCCACUUCACCCUCAUCCAGUCGUUCUGCUUUGACAACGACAUCAGCAUCGUGAGAGUGAGCGACAUGCAGCGUCUGGUGGAGAUCGUAGGAGACAAGGCGGUGCAGCUCGAAGACGCGCACUGCGUCCUCAUCACGAACCCGUCUGAUGGUUCUUGGGAGGACCCCGCUCUGGAGAAGCUGCACCUGUUCUGUGAGGAGAGCCGCCGGCUCAACGACUGGGUUCCAGAGAUCAGCCUCCCCGAGCGCUGAUCCGGAUCUCUGCUCCUCUCUGAUCAGAUGCUGCAAAGCUUCUAGUCUGGAAAUUGUCAUCCUGACGAGCAGGAUGACGCUGUUUCUGCUCAUCCCUGGAAACUCCUGAGGAGGAUUCCCGUCCAGGCAGCGUGGCGCCGGGCCCCCCUGGGGGCCCCUCGCGCCGUGACCGUCGCCUCUUGUCCCGUCCAUGCCAAGAUGACUCUCAUUCUUUAUGUGAACGAGGUCAGGUAUGCCACAAGAGCGACACAUCGACCCUCAUUCUUUGUGCGGAUGAGGUUUGGAGAGGAAGGAGAAGCGAGUUCUGCGUCCUGUGGGUGCCACGGAGCAAAGGUCGCACGUUGACGCGCACGCGCAGCAGGAGAAGAAGCGGUGCCGAGAAGAAGAGGCGUUCUUAAAAAGAGACUUUUUGAAAACGUCGUCUUUUUGUUGAGCAACACGACACCAGUUGCAAUCAGCUCAAAUGUUUCCCACUUUCCAGAAUUGUCUUAAUUCUCUAAAGGUUUCACUUUAGAAAUUUCACAAUGACAAAAUGUAUUCUAAAAAAAAUUCCAUGAUAAACAAGUCCAUUAUAUAAAGGUUUAACUUUAGAAAAUGGAUUAAAAAGUUUAAAAUGCUGCAAAUUCAUUUUCUUUAUAAAAAAAAGUGUGGAUUUUGUAGAUUAAAUAACAAAAACGUGACUCAGUAUUUUGUUGGAAAGAAUAUAACAAACUAAUUUAUCAGUUCCUUAAGUAUUAACUGUAGAAUUUGAUGGAAACUAAGUGAAAAUGUUUAAUAAAGAACAAGACA